CAGUGGACUGGGAAUUUCUAGGUAUCACGCCGACCGUGAUUGUUGAAGUCAAAUGCGGGGUUAAGGUGACUAUUGAGGGAGGCUAGAGGAAAUCACGGUAAGCUCUGAAAAGGCACGAGAUGUCCAGUUAAGUUUUUUUAGAAGAGAAGAUAGGGAAAGCGCCAAGAUCAACCCCCCAUUACGCCGAGUAAUCCGCGAAUUCCCAGCCCCACCCCUACAGCAGUGAUGCAAAAAGGACAAAUCGCCGACGUAGAGGGGGAAAAAAAAGAAAAGCCCGGGGGCAGAGGGGAGGGAGGUGGCAAGAGUAGGCACCCAGCAGUCUUCAGCCACGGGGAGAGAGGGAGUGCGAUCUGGUGAAACAAACUCCGCAUCAAUAACUUGAGUUUGGAGCCCAGUGCUUUCAGAGACUCCGAGCGCACCUUCCCAGCUUUGCCGGAGUUGAGAAAGGGCAGAACAGAGAAAGGGGCGGGCGAUUCGACCAAGAGCAGCUGAGUUGGCUGGUGGGACGCUGCGCCCGGGGACACCCGCUGGAGAGAGAGCAGAGCCGGGUUCGCGACGAGUGCUGGAAGGAGCGAGAGCACCGCGCAAGGAGGCGGGAAGGGAGCGGGCCUCCGCAGAGGCCGAGGGGGCGCAGCAUGGACAGCAUGCGUUUUUCCCGGAGCCCCGGCGCGGAGUCCGCGGGCAACUCCAGCCCAUGGUGGCUUCUGGCUGUCGGCGGCGCCAACACCAGCGGGGAAGCGGGGGCGCUUGGGAAAGACGGCGGCCCACAGUCGGACGAGCGCAACGAGGAGCUGGCCAAGCUGGAGAUCGCCGUGCUGGCCGUGAUUUUCGUGGUGGCCGUGCUGGGUAACAGCAGCGUGUUGCUGGCGCUGCACCGCACGCCUCGCAAGACGUCCCGCAUGCACCUCUUCAUCCGCCACCUCAGCCUGGCCGACCUGGCCGUCGCUUUCUUCCAGGUGCUGCCUCAGCUGUGCUGGGAUAUCACCUACCGUUUCCGCGGACCAGACGGGCUCUGCCGCGUGGUGAAGCACCUGCAGGUGUUCGCCAUGUUCGCCUCCGCUUACAUGCUGGUGGUCAUGACCGCUGACCGCUACAUCGCCGUGUGCCACCCGCUGAAGACGCUGCAGCAGCCGGCGCGCCGCUCGCGCCUCAUGAUCGCCGCCGCCUGGGUGCUGAGCUUCGUGCUGAGCACGCCACAGUACUUCGUCUUCUCCGUGGUCGAGGUGAGCAACGUCACCAAGGCCUACGACUGCUGGGCCAACUUCAUCCAGCCCUGGGGUCUCCCCGCCUACGUGACCUGGAUGACGGGCAGCAUCUUCGUGGCGCCCGUGGUCAUCCUGGGCACCUGCUACGGCUUCAUCUGCUACCACAUCUGGCGCAACAUCCGCGGAAAGACAGCGGUGCGCCAGGGCAGGUGUGCCCGCGCCCAGGGCGUGGGUGGCGCCUUCCAGCAGGGGCUCCUGCUCGCGCCAUGUGUCAGCAGCGUGAAGACCAUUUCCCGCGCCAAGAUCCGCACGGUGAAGAUGACCUUAGUGAUCGUCACGGCUUACAUCGUUUGCUGGGCGCCCUUCUUCAUCAUCCAGAUGUGGUCUGUCUGGGAUAAGAAUUUCCCCUGGGUCGAGUCGGAAAACCCAGCCACCACUAUCACUGCAUUACUGGCUUCCUUGAAUAGUUGCUGCAAUCCCUGGAUAUACAUGUUUUUUAGUGGUCAUCUUCUGCAAGACUGUGUCCAAAGCUUCCCAUGCUGCCAAAACAUGAAGCAAACGUUCAACAAAGAAGAUUCUGACAGUAUGAGCCGAAAACAAACUUCUUUCACUAACAACCGAAGCCCCACAAACAGUACAGGAACAUGGAAGGACUCACCUAAGUCUUCCAAGUCUAUCAAAUUCAUUCCUGUUUCAACCUGAGCGCCCUGUGUUCAUGCAGCCUGACUCCUGUAAUGGACUUUUCAGCCCAUUGACUGAAUCCAGCCAGAAAUUAUUAGAACAAAUGAACUUAUAUAAGAUAAAUCAAUCUGUUGAGUACAAGACUAUGUUUCUAGUUGGCAUUUUUACAUUGCUACAAGCAAAAGCUAUGAAUUGUUUUAUACAGAAUGUUAAUAAAAACAUGCUACACUAAAA